UAAUCAUUUUGCUGAAUGUACACAAACUUUGUGAAGUAAAGAGUUGAAAACAAUGCCACGGAAAAGGAAAGUCGAUGCUGAAGCAGGUGGGGAUGCUAGCUCAUCUAAGAAGUCGUGUGUUGAAGGUACAGGGGAUACAACUAUUGAUUCUUGUACAGUUCGUUGGGAGUGGGAAGGUGACAAAAAUGUAUGGACUCAAUAUGCCAGCAAUCUGAAUGACUCAAUAUGUGCUGCAGUGGCCAACGGUUUAAAGGAGCUUGACUUUGAUGUUGGAAAAACGUCUUUUGCUGUCAGAUUUGAACCAAUGGUCCAGAAAAACAAGAAAACUGGGUGGCAGAGACGUUUAAGAUGUUGUGUAAAGGACAAGAAUGGCUUCUAUGUCUGGCAGUGGGAGGAUGAACGAGGAAAGUGGAACCCAUACAGUUAUGAUGUUGCCGUCAAAUUAGAGAAAGCUCGUCAGCUGAAGGAGACUGAAGUAGAUAUAUCAGCUUGUGCACGAUCGUACAGAUUGAAUAUCACAAAGAUGGAACAGACCAACCUUGUCACAGAUGUAGUGAGAAAUGUGGCCAGGAUCAAAUCGGAUGCUGAGGAUCCUUCAGGAGAAACACCUGUUGUGUCUGAUUCCCAAAGUGAUGCUGCAGCAAGAAAAUCCAGCAAGGUCAAGGCAGAACCAGUUGACAAUGGUGUAACAAAAUCAGGAGGUAGUUCAACAAAGAGUGGAGGAAAAGCUGCAAAAUCUGGCAAAGGCUCUGGUCGGUUGGAAGAAGGCGAAUCCAAGGUGAGGACUGUGAUUGUAAAGAAAGGAGCAGCACCUGUAGAUCCAGAAUGUUCUCUAGCUGGAAAAGCUGAGGUUUUUACCGAGGGCAAAGAUGUUUGGGACUGUAUGCUCAAUCAGACCAAUGUGAGUAAUAACAACAAUAAGUACUACCUCAUCCAGCUCCUCAAUGAAGGCAAGUCCAAGUACUAUGUUUGGCAGCGAUGGGGGCGUGUUGGCUACAAUGGUCAGAACAAUCUGGUACCAUUUGGAGGUGACCUUGACAAAGCCAAGCAAGUCUUUUCAAAAAAAUUUUCAGACAAGACAAAAAAUGAUUGGGCUCUCAGGGACAAUUUUGUCAAAAUUCCUGGAAAAUAUGACCUUCUUAAGAUGGACUAUGGUUCCAAGGAAGGUGAUGAUGAAAUGGAUGCUGGACCUUCGGGAAGUAUUGACAAGGAUGUUGAAUGCCCUCCCUCGAAACUCGAACAGAGUCUACAGGACCUGGUGAAUUUGAUAUGCGACAUCAAAUCUAUGGAGGAGGCUGUGAUUGAGAUGAAAUAUGAUGCAAAAAAAGCUCCUCUAGGAAAGCUAACAACAGAACAAGUUAAAGCAGGAUAUGCUGCCCUGAAAGUCAUUGACACCUGUAUAACCAACAAUGACUUUGGUACACGACUCAGUCGGGCAUGUGAUGAUUUCUACACAAGGAUUCCCCACGAAUUUGGGAUGCGCACGCCACCUGUGAUUCGGACCAAAGAGGUUGUAGAACUCAAAAUGCAGCUUCUUGAGGCACUCAGUGAUAUUGAGAUUGCUAUAAAGACUCUGAAAAUGGGAGAUAGAUCAGAAAAUCCUGUAGAUAGACAUUACCACUCACUCAAGUGUAAAAUGGAACCCAUGGACCACAAUGGAGAUGACUUUAAGAUGAUAAAAGAUUACUUAUUUAACACCCAUGCGGCCACACAUAACCAGUACAAGUACGAGGUACUAGACAUCUUUGAAGUUGACAAAGAAGGAGAAGCAACUGUGUUUAAAGAUUAUGGAAAUAGGAUGUUGCUGUGGCACGGCUCCCGUUUAACAAAUUGGGUUGGAAUUCUGAGUAGAGGUUUAAGGAUAGCUCCACCAGAGGCUCCUGUCACAGGAUAUAUGUUUGGCAAGGGAGUCUACUUUGCUGACAUGUCCAGUAAAAGUGCAAAUUACUGCUUUGCCACCAAGACGAAAAACACAGCUCUCAUCCUUCUGUGUGAGGUCUCUCUGGGACAGACUAAUGACUUACUCAACGCUGAUUAUAAUGCAGCCAAGCUGCCCCCCGGCAAACACAGCACAAGGGGCCUGGGUAGGGUAGCUCCAGAUCCAGCCUGCAACAAAACACUAUCUGAUGGCACAGUUGUCCCCCUUGGCAAGAGUAAGGAUACUGGAGUUAAAAAUCCGAAAGGCUACACUCUAAACUACAACGAAUUCAUUGUGUAUGACACAAAACAGAUACGCAUGAAAUAUCUUGUUAAAGUAAAGUUGAAUUUUAAGUGACAGUAACUAUGUAGAAAAUACUCUUGACAUUAAUUGUGGUGCAAUGGCAGUGUAAAACCUCAUGGUGAUCAUGAUCAGUUUAUGAAAUGUCAUCAAACUUCAGUUAAAACCAGAGUGGAAAAAUCAAAGCCUGAUGACAUUGAAUACUGGGAGAUACUGAUCAAACACCUAACUUAAUUGUGUUACUUUCUUUAUUGAUAAAGUUACAUUUGAAAUGUUUGGAGACAAAUUCUGUUAAGAACAUGAUUUUCAUAUUUGUAAUAGGUAUAUGUGAUUGGAUUACAUCAAUAGAGAUGUCAGAGGUUUCCUUCUGAAGGGUUGGUAUGUUUUCCUUCAACGGUAAUCAUGUAUGUAUACAUCUAGCAUUACAAACAAACAAUCAAACUUUUGAACCAUUGUAAGGUUUUAUUGGUGUGGAAUCAAUCUGGUUUUGAUAUUGUAUAGUUGGUAACUAUCAUGGAUCCACAUGAUAAUCAUUAUAAUCUGUUUGAGAGCUAGUACAUGUAAAGUCAAACCUGUGUAUAGAGGCCAGAGAAAAUUUACCUUUAUAUAUGAGUGUCCUAUAUAUAGAGGUGAAAUAUCUAUGAAUCCCAUACAAAGGCAUAAAAAAGUGGCUUUUAUAGGUGGCCUUUGUAUCAAGGUGGCCUUUGUAUCAAGGUGGCCUUUAUAUCAAGGUGGCCUUUGUAUCAAGAUGGCCUUUGUAUCAAGAUGGCCUUUGUAUCAAGGUGGCCUUUGUAUCAAGGUGGCCUUUGUAUCAAGGUGGCCUUUGUAUCAAGGUGGCCUUUAUAUCAAGGUGGCCUUUGUAUCAAGGUGGCCUUUGUAGAUGGCCUUUGUAUCAAGGUGGCCUUUAUAUCAAGGUGGCCUGUGUAUCAAGGUGGCCUUUAUAUCAAGGUGGCCUUUGUAGAUGGCCUUUGUAUCAAGAUGGCCUUGGAAACAGGUACAUUGUAGUUUGUGUUGUCAAGGCUAGAUCAUGUUUUUCUGUCCAAUCGCAGGUCAUCUUACAUAUUGACUUGGCAGCUACUGUUUACACUGUAACACAAUACACACUUUAUGCAGUAAUUGUUAAUUAUGGAAGAGUGUUUGGAAUUUUAAGUAUUCCUUGGUUCAAGGAUGCUAUUUGAUGGCUAUGAUCACUGAUACACUGGUCUGUGUUUAACUGAAUGUUGUAUGUAUUUGUGAACAUGAAUUUCUGUGUAAAUUAGAAUUCUACGAUAUAUAUUUUGAUACAGUCCCAACAUCAUGCUUCAAGAAUCUAACACACAACACAAUCAACGAAAAUUCCACUUUUCAAAACAUGUCAGUGAUGUUGAAAUUUUAACAUUAUCAUUACUACUGUAAAAACUAGAUAGCAUAUCUAUGUAUGUCUUUUGAAUGCACAGUAUAUUUUUUUGUAUACUUAAAUAGUAUUCCUUAGAAAAUGACACUUUUACUUGUCCAUGUCUGAAAUGGUCAUUAGAAAUAAAUGGUAAAACUUUUAGUUGAAA